AUGAGAACUUUCUCGAUUUAUUUCCUUCUUUUCACUCUUUUCGCUGCUUCGAUUCUUUGUCAAGCUGAAUCGAUUCGGAUGAAACGUGCGACCUGUUGGAGUUGGGACGGAGGAGACGAUUGCAGGAAGAAAUGUCAAGACAUGACGAACAGUUGCACAAACGAAAAAUACGACACCGGGCACUGUGAAUUCUCGUGGAUUGGGGCGACUUGUGUGUGCAAACCGGAAUGCGAUGAG